AUGAUCCAGUUCGUUGAGUCAGCUAUUGAUACCUUCAAUGGCGAGAAAAAAACAAAGAAGGAAAAUGAAAGAAUGGAUCCGACAGAUUUAAAAGAGGAAAAAGAUGGAGCACUUUAUGCUAAUGGCCCUCAAAUAGGUCCCGAAGUUGAUGAUCAUCGUCCAAAUCCUGAUGACCCUCAUCUACGCACUGAACCUCCCAGUGGUGUCGGCAUUACUCAACCUCCAGUACCUCACGUUCAUCUCCCGAAUGCAUGA